AUGAUUUCAAUUGCAAGAGCUACUGAGGACUCCAGAUACCCCAGCAAACAUGAAAUUAAUUCCAUGGCAAAACGAUUGGUGGAGUACUACCCCAUGCUUAAAGGAACAUGUGGUGAGUGGGAACAUGUAGCUAAAAAGCUAAUGAAGAGACUGUCAAAUGUCAGAAGUCCAAGGAAGGGCAGAAAUCCUCCUUCAAAGAAGCCAAGACAGGAUGGGGGUGAAAAUGUUACAAGUGACUACGAUGGAGAUUCCAGUGCUUCAACUAUCAUUCUGGAUCAUUCACCAGCUAGAUCCAUGGGCACCCCAGUGCAACAGCAGGAUGGCACUGAUGAAGAAUCUGGUACAGUGGACUUUUUUGACAGCCAGAAGAGUCAGGCAAGACACUACAAGACUCUCCAAGAAAUAUACAAGACCAGAAAACCAAACAAAGCUGCUGUAACACAACUGUUAAACCUGGAGUUUGAGUCUAGAAGACAGUUCAUUAACUCUGAUGCUAUAAAGGAGCAAGACAGACCAGUGAAAAUUCUAGACGCAUACCCAUGUUUCAGAGAAGUGGAUCAUGUCUUGGAUGAGCUGCGGAGAAUCAUUCAGCCUUCCAACUCAAGAUACAUUUCUGAGAUGAAGGACAGAUGGGAAAGCUUCUACUCAAAGGUGCAGUUCUAUGGUGUCAUGAAGAAAGCCAUGAGGCCUCCGAAAACUUUGGAUGGAGUGGAACAUGCAACAGCUGUGUUCAAAGCCCUUCCGCUGCUCUUCCCUUCUAGCACUGCACCACCUAAGAAGCUGGGCAACUGCAGUGAGGCGUUUUUCCAUGUCCUAAAGACUUCAGAAGACCCUGAAGGCUACCUGCGUCAGCGACCCCGAUCUUGUCCAGUUGUGCUCGUCUCUGAAGGCAACUGCAUGAUUGCUGUUGGAACCAAACCAGUAACCACCUUCGACCAAAAGGACCUUUAUGAGGGACUGCUGUAUCUUAUGGCAUAUUACUAUGCCCUCCACCUCACAUACCCGAAGUGUAUUUCCACACUGCUUUCAGUAUUGCAAACUGAAAUACUCAAAGACUCCAUCCAUGACCGAGAUUCAACCCCUUCCUACAAGAAGGUGCUUGGUGAAUGGAAAUCAUUCAUUGAGUGAGUCUCAAACUUUAUCGGCCUUCUCUAUAGGACUUUGUGUUAAAGGUUUUUUUGUUUUGUUUUUUUUUCUCUCUCUCUUUUUCUGAAAAGUUGUUCAAAUGUAAGACACAUGUUUGUGUGAUCUUUAAACGUGUUCCUCUGAGAAAUAAUGCAAACCAAGAGCUGGAAUAUUGAUUAGUGCAUGCGGCAUGGAAAGUUAUUUUUGAUUCUAGCAGCAAGUUAUACUGUUGUUAUUCCUGUUUGAGUAUCUGGAACUUCUUACAGAGGCAGUGUUACACAGUGCUCUGCUAAUUUUUUGGUCUUGUUAGACAUUAUGUUGUUGGAAUAGACUUGAGAGCUGUCAGAAUUCCGUUUAAUUUUCUGACCUAUUGCUGUCAAUAAAAA